ACGAAGUAACACAUGAUAGGUUCAUGUUGGCGUCGCCUCCUUGGGCGUUUCCGAGCAGCACGUGAACGCACCACUGAACCACUGGUUGUUUAUGUAAUGUAGCUGAAGGACCCGCAGCACAUGUUAGCUGGCGGACAACCUGACGGACGACUUGACACGUUACACCUCGGUGGUUCACCAAACUGAAAAUGAAGGACGCUAGUAUUCCGAGAAUUUUUGUUAUCGUCUUUUGUGCGGUUAUUUUUGUUCUCGUUUUGAUAGUCAACGGACUGGCAGGAGCUGGCAGAGGUCUGUUCCACUCCUCCACGGGUAAUGUGUCAGUCCGCUAUGAGACCAACAUCACUCCUGCUGGCUGGACCUUCUCCAUCUGGGGCGUGAUCUACGCCUGGCUCACUCUGAUGGUCAUCUAUAUUACGUUUUACGUGUUCAGAGGCUCCUGGGCUCAGUGUCUGCUGCCGUACGCCUUCUAUUUCAGCUGGCUGUCCAACAUGGUGCUGAAUAUGAUCUGGUUGCUGGUGUGGGACAGAGAGGCGAUGCUGGCUUCAUUAGUGGUUCUGGUCCUGGUCACCCUUUCCUGCUAUGCUGCGUUGUUCUUUUGCUGCUUUGCCACGGAUUAUUAUGGCCUCUGGCUCCAGACCUACUAUCCCAGAGAUCUGGCAGGUCUGAGGAUCCUGGUGCAGAAUGGUCUGGCCCUCUAUGCUACAUGGGUUUCCAUCGCCUCUCUGAUCAACUUUUCUGUGGUCCUGCAUCUCUGGGGUGUGGUCAAGAGCACAGCUGCCACUGCCUCCUUGUGCAUACUGUUUGCAGAGCUUGUGGCAUGGUUCAUCUUGGAGAACUGGGUUCUGGACCGCUGGGUGCGCUACAUCCUGACCGUUUAUCCCGUGGUUAUCGUGGCACUGGUUGGAAAUCUAUACAAACAUUACGACCCGCAGGACCCCUCUCCAAAUUCCAUCUUCAUGGUCGCGCUGUUGGUGGUGGCAUGCGUCCUGCUCGUGUCCAAGGUGUGUACUGUGAUCUGGAGACACAAGAGACGGCCCCUUUACUCACCGGGGUCAGCUCGGCAGCUGGUGUCCCCCCUGGACGGGAGCAAGUUUAAGAUUCUGUCCUGAGUUGUGAAUUGUUUUGCUUUGAAACACUGAUGUGAGUGAAGGAUUAUCAUGAAGCACUCCACUGCUACGGUUACGCCUGUUAACUCUGGGGCCAUUAUGUUUGGUGUAGAAUGCAUUUAGCCUUAACGUUAGCAUCACCUGCCUUGUAAUGUUUAAGCCUUACUUAUGUGACCAACAGCUCAAUAGCGACCGUAUAUGUUGUGUGUCGGACAUGUAUACGGUGCUGUGGAUCCGAAUCUUAAAAGAGGAGGAUCAUAAAGGUUUUAGCAGCAUGUUGUACCUGUGAAGAAACACACACUCGCUGCCUGUUUUUUAUAUAUAUUAUUCAAGAUUUAGCUUUGUUUUGUACAACCCUAACUAAAUAAAAUACAUUGUCUCCCA